AUGUUAUUGAAUGCUGGUCUUGCCAGAGAGGAAGUUAAUGAAGUGAGGAGACAAUUCUAUGCAAGUCAUUCAAAUUUAUUGGAAUUGCACAGAAGAGGUCAACUCACUCAAAGGGAUUUAUUUGAAAUUGAGCAACAGUGGAUGCAAAAUGAUCAUGUUCAAACAGAAAACGAUCAAAGCAGCUCAAUAAGACCAACCAAUACAAUCAUAGAUACGAAUAAUGUGGGAAAUAUUUAUCAUUUCUUCUGUGGAGUUUUCUUGGGAUUCUUCUUGGGAUUUGUUGCACUGAUAGCUCUUUUGGAAAACUCACUCUCUCGAAGAUUUCAAUUCGGUAUAAGAUGUGGUGUAACAACAAUGGUUCUCUUGUCGAUAUUCAAGUAUUACUUCCCGACACUUCUACCAUACAUGAUGUAA